GAGGUGAAAAGAGUCAACCGAGCAUCACCAGCGCUGUCGUCCGGCUUUGGCGCACAUCAGCUGCUUCCUCUCUGCAGGACGAGCUCCCGCUGUGGGGAAUAUCAUCGCCAACUCGGCGGCUCUCACAACCGUGCUGUCUGCUUUCUUUCUUCCACAAUGUCUGCUUUUCUCGGCGUUUAAGUGGUCGGGAGCGAGCAACUCUGCACGCGGAGAAUCGUUGUUCAACCACCAUGGUCAUCUUGGGGCUGUCCACACGCGUCCUGAUCAUCCUGGCUUUAGUUUCCCAACCUUCACUGGGAUGUCCCUCAGGUUGCCGCUGCUACAGUCUCACGGUGGAAUGUGGCUCUUUUGGAAUCAGAGAAAUCCCACAGGGUGUCCCCUCCUUCACUGAGACGUUGUUUCUCCAGGACAACGCUAUUAUGCAUAUCCGUCUUCAGGAUCUGACUCGGCUGGGCAGCCUUCAUUACCUGUACCUCCAAAAUAACAGUAUUUCAGCUCUUGAGCCAGGGGCAUUUCUAAACCAGCGGCAGCUACUUGAGCUUGCCCUUAAUGGAAACCUCAUCCAUCUCGUCACCCCAGAGAUGUUCCGGGGUUUGGAGCAUCUUCGGAUCCUCUACCUUGCAGGCAACCAGAUCACUCGAGUCCAAGACAACACCUUCAGGGGGUUGCAACGGCUCCAGGAACUCCACUUGCAGGAAAACAGCAUAGAGCUACUGGCAGACAAAGCACUGUCUGGAUUGUCAUCUCUUGCUCUACUGGAUCUCAGCCAAAAUCACCUCCACACCUUGGGAGCCUCCUCACUCAAACCCCUUGUCAGCCUGCAGGUGCUCCGAGUCACAGAAAACCCCUGGCGCUGCGAUUGUGCUCUUGGCUGGCUAAGGACGUGGAUCAGCGAGGACGGACAGCGGCUGUUAAGCACUGCUGAGCAGCGUCGGUUAAUGUGCUCGGAGCCCCCUCGCCUUUCCCACCUCAGCCUGGGAGAGGUGGCUCCUAAUAGCCUGGUCUGCAUCCCCCCUGUUGUACAACUUGAACGUAGUCAUCUAACUGUAAGACUCGGGGAGAGCCUCAGAGUCUCAUGUCAAGCCUCAGGAUAUCCUCAGCCUCAGGUGACUUGGAUGAAAUCUUCCAAUGGCAAGGCCCAGUUGUCCCCACGUGGCUUGGUUCAAGAGCUAGGGCCCAAUGGUGAACUGUUUCGCCCAGGUGUUGGAGGAGUUGUGACGGCUCUGCCCAGCAGUGGGGGGAAAAAGACUGGAGGAAUCAAUGGGGUUGUGCGUGGGAUCGAGGAGGGCGGUGAGAGGGACAGCUUCGAUCCAGACAUGGGCAGCGGCAUGCUCUUCCUCAGCAAUGUGACUGUAGCACAUGCUGGUCGCUAUGAGUGUGAGGCAUGGAACCCCGGUGGUGUGGCAAGGGUUACAUUUCACUUAGCUGUCAAUAUGUCCUCCUCAUAUUCAUCACAAUUCUGGCCUCAAUUAAACACACAUUCAUCUGUUUCGUCUUCAUCUAAUUCCUACAACCAACCAAAGGUUGUGGAUGUUAGCCAGGAGCCACUGUAUGAGCAAGACAGCAUGGACUUUAGUGCUCUCGGCCCAGCCACGCAGACCGCCAUCGCUGUUGGUAUCUCCUUACUAGCACUUACUGCUAUUCUUCUCUUGAUUAUGAUCUACACCCGUCAUCAGCAAUAUCAUAAAGAAGAAGUGGGAUCCUACUGUACCAGCAAAGAAGAGAGCAUCAUCUAUGUAAAUGAUUACUCUGACGGACCCACCACCUUUGCACAGCUGGAGGAGUACAGCGAUGACCACGGCCAUGAGAUGUAUGUGCUUAACCGAGCAAAGCCAGUUGGGUCCGCCUCGGUGAGGUGUCCCAUGAUGGGAGGGUAUAUCCAACAAAAGAGCAUGAAAGAAGCUCUCCUGGAUCAUCAAGUGAUUCAGACCCUGUCCAGAUCAGGAGGAAUGGAGGUUAGGAGGAAUCCAGGAGAUGGCGGCGAGGGGCCACUAACCACAGACCCAGAGGAGGUCUUUCUCAGUCAGAGUCUUCUUUUUGGAUCACAGCUCGCUUAUGAAAUCCACUGCUAAAGGGUUUUACUUGAGUUCAUGAAACAAUGUGUUGCUUUAUCAAAAGCACAAAAGAAGAGAAACUUGCAAUGAUGUUGUUUGGAUGUUUUUGGGAAAACAUAAGCAAGGACAUUGUAUAUCAUUUGAUUCAACUGUGUGACAUUUGAUGGGUCAAACAAUUAUUCAUCCAUCCAUUUUCUGAGCCGUUUAUCCUCACAGGGGUCGCGGGAGUGCUGGAGCCUAUCUCGGCUAUUAUCGGACAGGAGGCGGGGUACACUCUGAACUCGUUGCCAGACAAUCGCAGGGCACAUACAAACAAACAACCAUCCGCACUCACAUUCACGGCCUACGGCCAAUUUAGAGACUUCAAUUAACCUACCAUGCAUGUUUUUGGGAUGUGGGAGGAAACCGGAGAGCCCGGAGAAAACCCACGCAGGCACGGGGAGAACAUGCAAACUCCACACAGGCGGGACCAGGGAUUGAACUCCAGUCCUCAGAGCUGUGAGGCAGAUGCUCUAACCUGUCGCCCACCGUGCCACUCUAACAAUUAUUAAUUCAGCUAUUCGAUCCCUGAAUCAACCCUUUAAAAAGAGAUACUGUAGGUAGAGGACAGAGUUGAUAUUUGACCAUACUCUCAGAGGAGUGGGAAACUGUGAAGCAACUCCAUUGCGCUGAGACAUCGUGUAGUAUGUUUUGUGUAAAUAUGAUGGCAGAAAUUAAAACUCAGUUUUUUUGUGGUCCUUGUUGCAAAUGCCAUUUUACCGAAUAACAUGCCUUUUAUAUUCAAGUUGGAAAAAACACAUUUCCAUUGUGUGCAAUUCAAAUGUUGAUGGAAUUAACGACAUUGACAUUUGUCUGUAAUGGUCAAUUUAUUGUAGUGUGAAUAGGUCACAGUGCUCUGCAGU